UAGUAUUAUAAAAGAAAAAAUUGUCACUCAAAGCCUUUUUAACCCGCCUCUUCUCUCUCACCUCCAAAGAUUCUCUCUCCCCUUUAAAUGGUCGCCGGAAACGAAUCGACGAACUGAGAUUCAAAUCUCAACUUUUUCGGCGGCGAUGUUAGGACGAGACGAAGAUCUGGUCCGAACAAUGAGCGGGAGAGGAAGCUUAGCGUCCUCAAGUCACCGGAGUUUAGCCGGAGCUGCUUCAAAAAGCUUCAGAGAUGUGUUCGCUCCCCCAACGGACGACGUGUUCGGUGGGAGCGAAAGAAGAGAAGAAGAUGACGUGGAGCUCCGGUGGGCGGCGCUUGAGAGGUUACCGACUUACGAUCGGCUACGAAAAGGUAUGUUGCCGCAAACGACGGUCAACGGGAAGAUUGGACUUGAAGAAGUUGACCUCACGAAUCUUGCACCUAAAGAGAAGAAACAUCUUAUGGAAAUAAUUUUGAAAUUCGUUGAAGAAGAUAACGAAAAGUUUCUCCGGAGAUUGAGAGAAAGAACUGACAGAGUAGGAAUCGAAGUUCCGAAAAUAGAAGUAAGAUAUGAGAAUAUUUCAGUGGAAGGAGAUGUUCGUAGUGCAAGCAGGGCUCUUCCGACUCUCUUCAACGUCACUUUGAAUACAAUCGAGAGCAUUCUUGGAAUAUUCCACCUCCUUCCAUCUAAGAAGAGGAAGAUUCAGAUACUUAAGGAUAUCAGUGGCAUUAUCAAACCAUCAAGGAUGACUUUAUUACUUGGUCCUCCAAGUUCAGGGAAAACAACUUUGUUACAAGCUUUAGCUGGGAAGCUCGAUGACACUCUCCAGAUGUCUGGGAGGAUAACUUACUGCGGUCAUGAGUUUCGUGAGUUUGUUCCUCAGAAGACGUGUGCCUACAUUAGUCAGCAUGACCUUCACUUUGGAGAAAUGACGGUGAGAGAAACGGUGGAUUUUUCUGGCAGAUGUCUAGGUGUUGGGACUCGGUACCAGCUUUUGACUGAGCUCUCAAGGAGGGAGAGAGAAGCUGGAAUUAAGCCAGACCCUGAGAUUGAUGCAUUUAUGAAAUCUAUUGCCAUAUCUGGCCAAGAAACUAGUUUGGUUACAGACUAUGUACUAAAGUUACUUGGUCUGGACAUUUGUGCUGACACACUUGUUGGAGAUGUGAUGAGACGAGGUAUUUCUGGUGGACAGCGGAAACGUCUAACAACAGGAGAGAUGUUAGUUGGACCAGCAACAGCUCUUUUCAUGGAUGAAAUAUCAACAGGGUUGGAUAGUUCCACAACAUUCCAAAUUUGUAAGUUCAUGAGGCAACUAGUUCAUAUCGCUGAUGUCACUAUGGUUAUUUCGCUUCUACAACCUGCGCCCGAGACAUUUGAGCUUUUCGACGACAUUAUCCUACUCUCAGAGGGCCAAAUUGUCUACCAGGGGCCACGAGACAACGUUCUUGAGUUCUUUGAGUACAUGGGUUUCCAAUGUCCUGAAAGGAAAGGUAUUGCAGACUUUCUGCAAGAAGUUACGUCUAAGAAGGACCAAGAACAGUAUUGGAACAGGAGAGAACAACCUUACAACUAUGUAUCGGUGCAUGAUUUUGCAAGCGGCUUCAAUUCUUUUCACACCGGGCAACAACUUGCUUCAGAAUUCAGGGUUCCUUAUGACAAAGCUAAAACCCAUCCUGCUGCACUAGUGACUCAAAAGUAUGGUAUAUCAAACAAGGACCUGUUCAAGGCAUGCUUUGAUAGAGAAUGGCUUCUUAUGAAACGUAACUCCUUUGUGUAUGUGUUCAAGACCGUCCAGAUAACCAUCAUGUCUUUGAUUGCCAUGACAGUCUAUUUUAGGACAGAAAUGCAUGUGGGCACGGUGCAAGAUGGUCAAAAAUUUUAUGGUGCUCUCUUUUUCAGCUUGAUAAAUCUAAUGUUUAAUGGAAUGGCUGAACUAGCAUUCACAGUGAUGAGGCUCCCGGUUUUCUUCAAGCAGAGGGACUUCUUGUUCUAUCCUCCAUGGGCUUUCGCCUUACCGGGUUUUCUUCUGAAGAUUCCAUUAUCUCUUAUUGAAUCAGUUAUAUGGAUCGCUCUUACAUACUACACUAUUGGUUUUGCUCCUUCUGCUGCCAGGUUCUUCCGGCAGUUGCUUGCAUACUUCUGUGUGAAUCAGAUGGCACUUUCUUUAUUUAGAUUCCUAGGAGCCCUUGGACGAACAGAAGUAAUCGCCAACUCGGGCGGGACAUUAGCAUUGCUACUUGUAUUUGUUCUUGGAGGCUUCAUUAUUGCUAAAGAUGACAUCCCAUCAUGGAUGACUUGGGCCUAUUAUAUAUCCCCUAUGAUGUAUGGACAGACUGCAUUAGUUAUGAAUGAAUUUCUGGAUGAGCGAUGGGGCAGUCCAAACAGUGAUACACGCAUCAACGCGAAAACAGUUGGAGAAGUCUUGUUGAAGAGCCGAGGCUUCUUUACAGAACCAUAUUGGUUUUGGAUCUGCAUUGGGGCGCUACUUGGGUUUACUGUGUUGUUCAACUUCUUUUACAUAAUAGCUUUGAUGUAUUUGAACCCUCUCGGUAACUCCAAAGCUACAGUUGUGGAAGAAGGUAAAGACAAACAGAAAGGGAGUCACCGUGGAACAGGAGGUUCUGUAGUGGAACUCACUAGUACUUCAAAUCAUGGACCAAAGAGAGGAAUGGUUUUACCUUUCCAACCUCUUUCGCUUGCAUUCAACAAUGUGAACUACUACGUGGAUAUGCCUGCAGAAAUGAAGGCUCAAGGAGUUGAAGGCGAUCGCCUUCAAUUACUAAGAGAGGUUGGUGGAGCUUUCAGGCCAGGAGUAUUGACAGCAUUGGUCGGUGUCAGUGGUGCGGGUAAGACUACCUUAAUGGAUGUCUUGGCCGGUAGGAAAACAGGAGGCUACAUUGAAGGGAGUAUUAAUAUAUCUGGUUACCCAAAGAACCAAGCAACAUUUGCUAGAGUCACUGGUUACUGUGAACAAAAUGAUAUCCAUUCUCCACAUGUUACCGUUUAUGAAUCCCUCAUAUACUCAGCAUGGCUUCGUCUUUCCGGCGAUAUAGAUGCCAAAACACGAGAGAUGUUUGUUGAAGAAGUGAUGGAGUUGGUGGAGCUCAAACCCCUUAGAAACUCUAUAGUUGGUCUUCCUGGUGUAGAUGGUCUUUCAACAGAACAGAGGAAGAGGCUUACUAUUGCAGUUGAAUUGGUAGCUAACCCAUCAAUUAUCUUCAUGGACGAGCCAACAUCUGGUCUUGAUGCAAGAGCUGCAGCCAUUGUUAUGCGUACUGUUAGGAAUACUGUUGAUACAGGGAGAACUGUCGUUUGUACAAUUCACCAGCCUAGCAUCGACAUUUUCGAAUCCUUCGAUGAGCUGCUGUUGAUGAAACGAGGAGGCCAAGUUAUAUAUGCUGGAACUCUAGGACAUCACUCACAAAAACUCGUUGAAUACUUUGAGGCUAUUGAAGGGGUUCCCAAGAUCAAGGACGGAUACAAUCCUGCGACGUGGAUGCUUGACGUCACUACUCCUUCAAUGGAGUCACAAAUGAGCAUGGACUUUGCUCAAAUAUUCGCUAACUCCUCUCUUUAUCGGAGAAAUCAGGAACUCAUCAAAGAACUCAGUACUCCACCACCGGGAUCGAGUGAUCUCUACUUCCCGACCAAGUACGCGCAACCAUUUGCUACUCAAACCAAAGCUUGCUUCUGGAAAAUGUAUUGGUCAAACUGGAGAUAUCCUCAGUACAAUGCCAUUCGGUUUCUCAUGACAGUAGUCAUUGGUGUCUUGUUUGGUCUCCUUUUCUGGCAAACAGGAACUAAAAUAGAGAAAGAGCAAGACCUGAAUAAUUUCUUUGGAGCCAUGUAUGCUGCUGUAUUGUUCCUCGGUGCCACCAACGCUGCAACAGUUCAACCCGCGGUUGCUAUUGAGCGAACGGUUUUUUACCGCGAAAAAGCCGCUGGAAUGUACUCCGCCAUUCCCUAUGCAAUUUCUCAGGUAGCAGUAGAAAUCAUGUACAACAUUAUACAAACCGGAGUCUACACGCUAAUCCUUUACUCGAUGAUUGGAUACGACUGGACUGUGGUCAAAUUCUUCUGGUUCUACUACUACAUGUUAACAAGCUUCAUCUACUUCACGCUAUACGGUAUGAUGCUUGUGGCCUUAACACCAAACUAUCAAAUAGCCGGAAUCUGCAUGUCCUUCUUCCUCAGUCUCUGGAAUCUUUUCUCCGGUUUCCUCAUCCCUAGACCGCAAAUACCAAUAUGGUGGAGAUGGUACUAUUGGGCAUCACCUGUGGCUUGGACAUUGUAUGGAAUCAUAACAUCUCAAGUAGGAGACAAAGAUUCGAUAGUGCACAUCACUGGUGUUGGAGACAUGAGUCUCAAAACGUUGCUCAAAACUGGAUUCGGGUUCGAACAUGACUUCUUACCAGUUGUAGCUGCUGUCCACAUCGCCUGGAUCUUGGUCUUUCUCUUUGUCUUUGCUUAUGGUAUCAAGUUCCUCAACUUCCAAAGAAGGUGAAAAAACUUUAUUAGAAGAGAUUUCAAAAACCUUUAUAGAUUAGUGUUUGAGAAAGUGUAUGAAUGAAUUCAUGUAAAUUUUCUUGUAUUAACUAAUUAUUUAUUUUUUGUCGUUUCGUAUUAAUAAACAACAGUUCAUGUUUACAAUAUGAUAUUUUUCUUAUUCAAAAUCAAAAUACAUGGUAUAUUCUUUA